AUGGGCUCUUUCUUUCAGGAUGAGAAACACCAUACCCAUGUCGACGCCGAGAUCCAAAUGGCGUCCGGGCAAGAGGGAGAGGAGAUCAAACGCGAUCUCCGGUCGCGCCAUAUUAACAUGAUUGCUAUUGCAGGCAUGAUCGGAACCGGCCUCUUCUUGAGCUCCGGCCAAGUCAUCGCGAUUGCCGGCCCAGCGGGGGCUUUUCUGGCCUAUAUCGUUAUGGGAUUUGUAACGGCCGGGGUUGCGUACACGACGGGCGAAAUCAGCGCCUUCAUGCCCUCUACCGGCGGCUUCAUUCGCCAUGCGACGAGGUUCGUGGAGCCGGCGCUGGGCGCUGCGACAGGAUGGAACUUUUGGUAUACGAUGGCCAUUUCGGCGCCGACGGAGAUCACCGCUGCGGCGACGUUGGUCCAAUUCUGGGAUGUGGACGUCAGUCCGGCGGUUUGGAUCACUGUCUUUGGUGUGUUCAUCGUCGUCGUCAACUUCUGCGGCGUCCGUCUGUAUGGAGAGUCGGAGGUCGUCUUCGCCUCGCUCAAAAUCAUGCUCAUCGUCGGGCUGAUUAUCGGUGGGAUUGUCAUCAACGCUGGGGGAGGCCCAAAUCAUGAAUAUAUCGGCUUCCGCUACUGGCACGAUCCGGGCGCGUUCAACGAAUACAUCGACACUGGAUCCGCUGGCCGGUUUCUCGCCUUCUGGAAAGUCCUCUUGACGUCGGCCUUUAGUUAUGGAAACAUCCAGGUCGUGGCCAUCUCCGGAACAGAGACAAGAAACCCGCGCAAGAUCAUCCCAGCUGCGACCAGGAAGACCUUCGUGCGAGUCUUUCUCUUCUACGUCCUGAGUAUUUUCAUCGUGGGAUUGAUCGUACCAUCCAACGACCCCGACCUGACCGUCUCAUCCGGAACCGCAAAGACCUCCCCCUUCGUCAUCGCAUUCCACCGCGCUGGAGUCUCGGUUCUCCCGCACAUCAUUAACGCGGUGGUGUGCACGUCAGCCAUUAGCAGCGCUUCGGCUUGUAUCUUCAUUGCCUCACGAACACUGUACGGCCUCAGCCGCGAUGGCCAUGCCCCGGGGUUCUUCCAGAAAUGUAAUCGCUUCGGCACGCCUUACUUUGCUGUCGGCAUGACCUGCAUCUUGAUGCCGCUGGGGUACAUGACGCUGGGAAGUAGCGCGUCGACCGUGUUCUCUUGGUUUGUUAACAUCACCACCGUCGCCGGUCUGAUCGGCUGGAUCGUUAUCGAGGUGACGUAUCUGCGCUUCUAUGCGGGUAUGAAGGCGCAGGGACAUUCUCGGGAGAGUGAGUACCUCGUGUCUAGUGGAAUGGGCGACCCGUGCUGA